AUGAAAAGGUCAGAUAAAAUAACAGAUUUGUUCCAAUUAAGAACAAAUAAAUUGCCAAAGACAACUGAUACUGACAACAUAGGAAAUAUCGAAAGCGUCGAAAAUGAAAAUGUAGUUUCUACGUCAAUAAAUUUCGAUUCUCAAGACAUUGGUAGUGACAACAUAGGAAAUAUCGAAAACGUCAAAAAUGAAAAUGUAGUUUCUACGUCAAUAAAUUUCGAUUCUCAAGAUAUUGGUGCGUAUAUAAACUUAAGAGAAAAAAAUAUUAUUUUAAAUGAUUUGAAACGUGAACAACUACUUACAUCUCCGUGGGUCCCCCCGAGUGGAUAUGUAUUUCCUAUAGAUAAUACCAAUAAACGAAAUUUACGUUUUCAAAUGAGUUGGAUAAAUAGAUUUUCAUGGUUGGUAUAUUCUGAAAUAGAAAAAGGGGCUCUAUGUAAGUUUUGUGUUCUAUUUUCUAAUUCUGAUACUGGUAAAGGCAGUCACGAAAAAACAAAAAGUUUUGUGACACAGCCAUUUAAAAAAUGGAAAAAUGCGAUAGAAAAAUUUAAUGAUCAUGAAAAUUGCCAGUACCAUAAACUAUCUAAAGAACGCGCAGAAUAUUUUUUGUCAGUAAAUUAUCGAAAGCAAAAAUCUGUGAUUGAAGUCUUAAACUCUGAACAAGCCCGUCAAGCUUCAGAAAAUAGAAAAAAACUAUAUUCAAUAGUUGAAACAAUUAUUCUUUGUGGUCGAUUAGAAAUGUCUUUAAGAGGAAAAACUGAUUCAGGACGUAUACAUGUAGACGAAGAAGGGAAAACUGGUGGUAAAAUUUAA